UAAGGGAACAGUAUACCUCGGGAUUCCGUUCUAUCGAAAGAUAUAUCGGAAAUUAAUGAUUUGUUUAUAGAGCGAUCGUGGCGAAAGUGAAAUUGCGAUGAUGCGUUGAGUGGUGUUUAGUAUCCUUAUCGACAGGAUGUUGUGGUUUGUUUGGGUGCUCUGAAGACUCAAUCAGUGAUUGUGCCGCUUCCAUAAUUUUCUGCAUCUGUCCUAUUAUGUGACUUCUAAGUGCUCCUGAUGCCCUCUUAAAGUACGGGUGAAAAAUAUGAGUAUAGUUCAAGACUGAACCGAAAAAUUCACGAGAACCAAGGGAAGUUUCCAGACACAAGAUGUCCUACAUAACAAGCUCUUUGACUGUGAUAAUUACGCUCAUAUCUGUCGGGAAAACAAAUAGUUAUUCCCAGGACUACAUGUAUUAUCCUCCGAAAAACUACACGAGGUUAUUGGAGCUCAAACAAGGAUAUAUACAGGGUGUUGUUGUCAGUCCUGACAACAGGAACGGAUUGUUAUCGCGAGUGGAACACUAUAGAGGAAUUCCUUACGCCGCACCUCCUGUAGGAGAACUGAGGUUUAUGCCUCCCAGUGGUGCACCGUCCUGGGAUGGCAUCAAAUAUGCGGACACCUUCGGUCCAGUUUGUCCACAAAUGUUUCCAAGUACCGAAAAUAUGGCGCCGCAGAGAUUGAGGGAGUUUGCGAGGUUGAAGAACUAUCUGAACUAUCAACUUGAGGAUUGUCUCUACCUUAAUGUUUACGUGCCUCACAACCCCGAUAGAGAUGAGGAAAAGAAAUACCCUGUCAUCGUUUUCAUACAUGGUGAAUCAUAUGAAUGGAAUUCUGGAAAUCCUUAUGAUGGCAGUGUCCUAGCAGCUUAUGCGAAAGUUGUAGUCGUGACUUUCAAUUUCAGACUUGGAAUAUUGGGUUUUCUGAAGAUAGACAGCGGGGAUAGUUUCAAUUCAAACUUUGGUCUAGUAGACCAAAUAGCCGCUUUGGUUUGGGUGAGAGAUAACAUUGAAGUUUUUGGUGGUGAUCCAGAAAGUGUCACGCUUCUAGGACAUGGAACUGGAGCUGCUUGUGCUAAUCUUUUGAUGUUGAGUCCAAUGAUAAAGCCGGGCAAUAAAUUGCUGUGCCACAGAGCAAUUUUAAUGGGAGGAACGGCCAUAGCUGAUUGGGCAUUAGCCAGCAAUCCCCGAGACGUCACAGAUCAAGUGGCCCGUGCCCUCCAAUGCGAAGUUGGCGACAAGGCCUGUCUCAGAGGCAAACGACUGGACGAAAUUAUGGGGGCCCACGUCGUAGCAAGACCCUAUUCCACACGCUUUGGUCCCAUAGUCGAUUCGAGCGUGGUCCCUAAUGAUCCCCUGAAGUCGAUGACGAAUUUGAGUAGAUUUCAGCUCAUGUUUGGUGUGACAGAGUGGGAAAGCAAGAACAUGCUUGGUCGUGAAGAGUUAAUGAACGGGAUGCCGCAGAAGCAGCGUGACCAAGAGCUGCUAAAUUACUUAGGUUUCACCUGUGAGAAGGUCCCAGACUUAUGCAGCAUUUACAGUGGUAGUUACUACGAGAACAAGGAAACUGUUCGUGACAAUCUUCUAGACAUAUUGUCAGAUGCUAGAACUGUUGCUCCAAUGUUGAAGAUGGGAAUACUGCACUCCUCUGCCACAUCUCAUUCGUACUUUUAUGUUUUUACGCACAAGACGAAAUUAAAGGAACAUCUGCGAGGCAAAACAUCGACAGGGGAAGAGUUACCCUACGUAUUCGGCGUUCCGCUAGAUGGCAGCAGCUUUCAUUUCGUGGAUAAUUACACAAAGGACGAGGUAUUGUUCUCGAAGGUGAUCAUGACGUAUAUCCGCAAUUUCGCAUAUGGGGGGAAUCCAAACGCGUUCGUUGAAGGAGAGGAUCAUCAAUCGCAGGACGAAAGUGAAGUUCUCCAGAAAAUGCAAUAUUGGCCGCAGUUUACAAAAGAAUACCAAAGCUAUUUUUUACUUGAUAUUCCAAUUGCCACAUUCACUCGCUACAGAUUGAAGAAAGUGAAGUUUUGGAACGAGGAUCUCCCAAGAAUUUUAGAAAAUCUCAGUGUGCAACAGAAAAUAACAACUACUACUGAGCAACCUCCGAAACGACCAAAGGGCACACCUCCCUUUAUAUUAAGAUAUCCAUAUCCCUUCGCACACAACAAUCCAACUUCAGAAUCUUACCCAACAAUUGGACACACCGAUGAAGAACCCCCAUACGGUAACGUCUUGGAGGAGGGUACAGAUAGACCGGACACUUUAAACAAAGUUGUAUAUGGCACUGUGAUAAAUUCGCAACAUCAUCCAUCAGAGCUUCAAAAAGCCACAACAAUGAACAUUAUUGUUAUAUGUGGGGGAGUUUUCCUCUUAGUCAACUUCUUUGUGUUCAUGGCGCUCUACUACAAAUGUUAUAUGGUGAAAAAGAACCAAGAACCUGAAAUUGUUCCUGAUAUGAUUGACAGUGAUGUAGAGAAUCCAGACAAGAAAAAUAUAUUCGGGGAUGGUCAAGCCUUCGUCGCUAAUGGCGGAGGGUUGAUUAAAAUGAUAAGUAAAUCCUCCAAAAGCGAUGAUGUCUAUGAAGCAGUGAAAUUAGGGAGUCAAAACUCGAAAAAGCACAAACUAGUGCGGCAAUUAUCGAAUAGCACCAUAGACGCGCAUACCAAGGUGAAGGAUUGGAUAGCCAACGGAAUAACUCUUAAAAAUAGCCCAAAAGACUUGAAGAAACCAAGAAAUAAUGCAACUGACACUAAAAAUAAGAUACUCAAGUCUAAUAUUGGAGAAAUUUUAUCUCUGAGGCAAGAUGAAUAUUCUGAAAGUUCUACUCUAGGAAGAAGUCCAACAAGACCCGUGAGUCCUGCAAUUCAACCAGCAGAAAAUAUUGGUAAGGCUAAGCAGGGCAUACUGAAACAAAACAGCCACAAUAGUUCACAAGACUCCCGAAGGCGUGAUAAAGUUUCUGUUGCUAUAGAUGCAACCCCGUCAGGUCGAGGUCCAAGCGUCCUUGCCCAGCAACCUAUAGAACUUUCCAAAUCUUUAGAUUUAGGCGCAAGUUCUUCUAAAUCACCCCUGAGAAGGUCUGCAACCAUGGAAGAUUUUUCGCCGAAAGCGGUCGAAGAAAUUGCAGAUUUGACUAAAAGUGUAACAAGCCUGAUCUCCCAACCGACAAUUGUCAAAAUAUCCCAUUCCCAUUCAAAAUCUGAUCCUGUCGAGGAUAUUUACGUAUCCAGUAAAACCAAAAAACUGAAAACAUUCGAUCCUGAGGUGGAUGUUAACGUGACAUCUUGCGAUGAAAAGAAAUCUACCCGGCCACUCAGUCCAGAAGAGUCACUCAUGACAAUAAAAAGGAGGAACUUCCCUAAAGUUCUACCUGACUAUCCAACGAAAGAAUCUCUGGCGCAGAAGAGGAGAUCAAUGCCGGCUCCCAAUUUGAGUGUUCCUAUUAACGACUUGAGGCACAGAAUGAAAAUGCCUCCUGCCCCACCAGUAAGAACAACCUCGACUCUAGGGCGAAAGCCUCAGACUCAACCUCCAGAUGAGUUAGUCUGUAAUUCCGCCCCAGUUUUGCUGGAAGAGAAUUCUUCUUCCCCUGAGCCAGAGUUUACCUACAAUAAUCUCUACGUAGGACCCCUUAUUCCUAAAAACCAAAUCAAGAAUAAAGAUACUCUUGAUACUAAUCCAAUUUACAGUUCUCUCAGUGCUCUGAAGAAAACUGACACAAGUACAGAGAAAGUUGCUCGUGUUGCUAUUGUUACGACAGAUCCGAAAAAUCCGAUCAAGAAACCCGAACCUAAGACUGUGAUAAGGCCUAAAAUAGUUAGACAAAUGAGUGAUCCGAAAUCAAGGGUUAUCCCCAGAGUGACAGCUACUGAUAAUAUGCCCGGACAUCAUCUUUCACCAACAAAGACUGAAAAAGAUGACCCGAAGUUAUCUAAAAUUGUAGAGAAUAAUGAAAAAGAUCGAAGGGAUCAGAGACCUCAAAGACUGCCAAUGAUUCCUACGCCUGUUAGGAGUCAAAACAACGAUGGAAAAAGUCACUCUAGCUCCGAAACAUCUCCCUCCGAAGAAUCAGACACCGGAACUGUUGUAGCUAAAAGAAAAGACUGAUAAUGAGCAUCUCAUCGAUUCGCUAUCUCGGCGGUCUCAUUAAGCCACUGUGGAAUCCAUCUGAAAAAUUCUUGUUCUUUCAUGCCAAAUUUGCCUGAUGCACGCUGUUCCAUAAUAUAUUCACUGAAAGCAUUGGGGCAUUUCCAAAUAUGUCAUAAAUCAAUGUCCUGACAUGCUGAGCAAUUGAUUCACGAUCAAUAGAGCUUCACGUGUCAGUCUUUGUAUUAUUAUGAGGGGAUCUUCAAUUAGAGCUUCAUAUCAUUCGUUGUGAUUAAGACACAAAUGCGAUUGAGUGAGAUUUAUAAGGUUAAAUAGGGGCUUAUUAUUAGAGGCGUAAAUGUUUCCUGCCUGAUAAUAUAAGUGUGCCAAAUACAAUUGACAAUAUUCGACAUUUUUCAUGACAAGUUGUACCUAAAUGAUUUUGGGCAGGCUGAAGAACGGAUUUGUCAGUCUCAGAAUGAGCUUAGCAUAAUUUGUACAUACAGUAUUCAUAUUAUAUCAGAACACUAUGCACAAUGUAUUAUUUUGAUACCUGAAUAAAGAGAUUUGA